UAAGAGCUUCGAGUAAAACGUAUAAAUGUAGCUAAUCGUAUGGCCUUAAAAACAAAAAUCUGAUCGAAUAACAACAACAUCAACAACAAUUAAUUCCAGCAAUCAUAAACAUCAAAAUGGCAUCCAUCUCAGCUACCGAGUUGCCCAAGCAGCUAUUUAUCAACAACGCAUUCGUCGACUCCAAGUCUAACAAGACUUGUGUUUAUGUCCAGGGGGGUCUCUAUGAUGAGUUCAUUGCGGCUUAUCGAGAUGCGAUGGAGGCUCGCGCAAAGGAGUUUGGUGACGUGAAUGAUCCAAAGACGCGAUUUGGUCCGCUUGUGGAUAAGUUGCAGUACGAUCAGGGAUGGUUGGAAUCAACUGUAUUAGUCACCUGUUUUUCAACACGGGCCAUCCAUACCUGCACGGGUACCCGUGCAAAUAAAAGUCUGGCAUGGGACGGGAAUGCGGUCUUCUGGGGUUGA